UGAGCGCGUUCCGUACGUCCGGCGGGAAGCGGUGACGCGGGACGUAGCGGCGGCGUGUGUGUGACGCAGUUGCCCAUGGUAACCCCGCUGCCGCGCAGAGGAUGGGUUUACUGUCAAUCCUGCGUAAACUGAAAAGCACCCCAGACCAGGAGGUGAGGAUCCUCCUCUUGGGACUGGAUAAUGCAGGCAAGACUACGCUCCUGAAACAGCUGGCAUCUGAGGACAUAAGCCACAUCACACCAACACAGGGCUUUAACAUCAAAAGCGUUCAGUCUCAAGGCUUCAAGCUGAACGUAUGGGACAUAGGCGGACAGAGGAAGAUCAGGCCGUACUGGAGGAACUAUUUUGAAAACACUGAUAUCCUUAUCUAUGUCAUUGACAGUGCAGAUAGGAAGAGGUUUGAAGAAACGGGUCAGGAGCUGGCUGAGCUUUUGGAUGAAGAAAAGCUUGGUGGAGUCCCCGUGCUCAUAUUCGCUAACAAGCAGGAUUUGCUGACGGCUGCCCCUGCUUCAGAGAUUGCCGAGGGACUGAACCUACACACAAUCCGUGACAGAGUCUGGCAGAUCCAGUCUUGUUCUGCUCUUUCAGGAGAGGGAGUACAGGACGGCAUGAAUUGGGUGUGCAAAAAUGUCAAUGCAAAGAAGAAAUAAAGCACUCUGAGCUGCAUGGAAAUGGAGGAGCGGUGGGAGCAGAAUUCUAGCCUGAAAACACUAAUUUGCUGCUUUCUGACCAAAUGUUUUUCCAUCUGUGCACAGCUACAGCUGUUAAAAGGAAAAAAAAAAAAAAAGAGAGAGAGAAAAAAAAAAGGGGAACAACAUCGGUUAAAACCUACUGCUGGAUUUGGAACUUGACCUGCUCUUUAGUAUCAUUUUUUAUCCCAAUAAAGGAAUUAUAUAUUUCCUCCCUAUGCAUAAAUAGUAUUAAAUGUCUGAUUAGCCAGCAAGUUUGUAAGCAGAAGCAAGACUGAUUCAGUGUGAAGCAGAGGGAGUGUGAGUUACUGUAGUUGCUUAAAUGCAUAGGAGCUGCCCUAUCCUUGCAGGCUUGCAGUUGCUGAGGACACGCUCAGGUGUCAGUCACAGCUUUUCCUCAGUGACAGAUAAAACGCGGUUUUGUUACCAAUUGUGGGUAGUUUCUUAAAAAAAAAAAACUGAUAACUGAUAAGAAGUCAUUUGUGUAAUGAGGGUAGAAGACUUCAGCAUAUUCCUAUAGCCAUAAAAGAGGAGUUUGAUCAUAACGAGACACUGUUACAUUGCGACGACGCCGUAGAAGGAAGGGGGUUAUGUGUGUAUAAUUGAAGCUCUUUACAAUUGGAAUAAUGCAGGAUGAGCGUGCCUGGGGCUUUUCUCACAGCUGAAGGAGAAUUUAGCCCGGCGUUUCACCUUGAGCCAGCAAAAACGUGGUUCCUGUGUUCAGUAAGCUCCAUAUGUGAGAUUAGUCUUGAUGUUGAACAAUCCCUGUUGAUUUUCCCUUGAUGUUAAGGCAACUCCGCAGCAAAAUGCAAUUAAGUCCGUGAUUACUUUCUAGAAUGAGAUACCAGGUCCCAGGCUUCCUUUCUGCAGCGUGCAAAGCCCAUUCUCCCACCCUCCUCAGCAGCCCUGCAUGGAGGUGCCCCCAGCCCGCUGCCAGCUGCAGCUCAUCCGGGUGGAGGUGAGGAGCCCGCAACGGCAGAUGGGAAACACUCCUUAUAGCUAGGGUUUGUUGUCCCCCGAAAUGCCUUUCCUGCAGAAGGAUGCGGUUGCUGAGAUAGAAAAGCGACUGCUUUUUCCACCUCCUUGUCCGUGAUUCAAAUCUAUCCCCAGCUGACAGCGGGCAGGAGUCACUUAGCGCGCCAAAGCAGCCACGUCCUGUUGAAGCGAGCUUGGUGACUCCUGGGCCAGUUUCUAAUGCACAGAUGGUAAAAUAAUCCCACUGCCCUGCUUGCCAGCUUUGUUUGCCGCCUGCCUGCGAAAGGCCAGGGCUGGCUGGGGACUGCCUUACCCCUUCCACCUCUUGCAGGCGGGCGGCACGGGGCGAGCUGUGUGUCCUGCGGCAUGUGGCUUCACCACGCACCAGCGAGCUGACUCAUGGAGCCAGGCGGCCAGCUGACACCCCUGGAGCUCCACGCCUCGCUCGUCCCUUCCCCUGGACAUCUCCAGCUCACGGCAGAAACAUCUGCACUGUGCGUGAAGCCGCCUCCGUGUUAGAGCCCGGCUGAUUGAAAUUGUCUGGGGCCGCUUCCAGGUCCCCCCGUACAUGGGGACGGUUCAGGGGUUGGGCUGCGCAUAGUUCAGCUGUCAUUGCUGUGGCUGGGGGCAGAGGGACAGCUGGGACAGCAACUGCUGCAGCAAUCCAAGUGUAAUCUGCCUGCGUCUGUGAGUCAGCACCCUGAGUGCAUCUGUCUGCAGCCCAGGCGGGACGUGCAGACAGAGUGAUGCAGCCUGCUGCAAAAAGCAGGGCUGGGAGGGGAGGCUCCGGCGAGCUGUUAGGCAAUAGCUAAUGACACAAA